UUAUUCUGCUUCCUUUGCAUUUCCUCUGCAGCCAGGGCUGUACAGCAUGGCGCACAGCAAAACCACUAUGCUGCAGGGCCUGCUCCUUUUCAGCCUUCUGCACCCCAUCUUGAGCCAUGACGGAGUUUUCCUGGAAAAGGGGCAGGCACUGUCACUGCUCAAGCGUCCACGACGUGCCAACAAGGGAUUUCUGGAAGAGAUGAUUAAAGGAAACCUGGAGCGAGAGUGCCUGGAGGAGACAUGCAAUUACGAGGAGGCCUUUGAAGCCCUUGAAUCCACUGUUGACACGGAUGCAUUUUGGGCAAAAUACCAAGUAUGUCAGGGCAUAAAAAUGCCUAGGACAACUCUGGAUGCUUGUCUAGAAGGUAACUGUGCUGUUAAUCUGGGCCAGAACUAUCGGGGGACAAUUAACUACACCAAAUCAGGCAUUGAAUGUCAAGUGUGGACAAGCAAAUAUCCACAUAUACCUAAAUUUAAUGCGUCCAAUUAUCCUGACCUCACUGAGAACUACUGCAGGAACCCAGACAACAAUUCAGAAGGUCCAUGGUGCUACACACGAGACCCAACAGUGGAACGGGAGGAGUGCCCCAUUCCAGUAUGUGGUCAAGAAAGGACAACAGUCAAGUUCACUCCUCGGGUCACACCAUCAACCACAGCACAGCCUUGUGAAUCAGAGAAAGGCAUGCUUUAUACAGGGACGCUUUCAGUCACUGUGUCUGGGGCUACGUGCCUGCCAUGGGCCUCAGAGAAGGCCAAAGCAGUGCUCCAAGGCAAAACAAUUAAUCCAGAGGUGAAGCUGCAGGAGAAUUACUGUCGGAACCCUGAUGCAGAUGAUGAGGGUGUCUGGUGUGUAAUAGAUGAACCACCAUACUUUGAAUACUGUGACCUGCAUUACUGCGACAGCUCGUUAGAGGAUGAGAAUGAACAGUUGGAGGAAAUAUCAGGACGUACUGUCUUUCAAGAGUUCAAAACCUUCUUUGAUGAAAAAACUUUUGGUGAAGGUGAAGCAGACUGUGGCACUCGCCCUUUAUUCGAAAAGAAACAGAUAACAGACCAAAGUGAGAAGGAGCUACUAGACUCCUACAUGGGAGGCAGAGUCGUACAUGGGAAUGAUGCAGAAGUUGGAAGUUCCCCCUGGCAGGUGAUGCUCUACAAAAAGAGUCCUCAAGAGCUGCUGUGUGGUGCCAGCCUCAUCAGUAACAGCUGGGUCUUGACUGCUGCUCAUUGCCUUCUUUAUCCACCCUGGGAGAAGAACUUGACUACAAAUGACAUCUUGGUGCGGAUUGGCAAGCAUUUCAGGGCAAAAUAUGAAAAGAAUAAAGAGAAAAUUGUUCUGUUGGAUAAAAUCAUCAUCCAUCCCAAGUACAACUGGAAAGAGAACAUGGACCGAGAUAUUGCACUCCUGCACCUGAAGCGGCCGGUCAUCUUCAGCGACUACAUCCAUCCUGUCUGCUUGCCUACCAAGGAGCUUGUGCAGAGGUUGAUGCUGGCAGGUUUCAAAGGGCGGGUAACUGGCUGGGGAAAUCUGAAAGAAACAUGGGCCACUACCCCAGAAAACCUGCCAACAGUUCUGCAACAGCUCAAUCUACCUAUUGUAGACCAAAACACCUGCAAGGCAUCCACCAGGGUUAAAGUCACUGACAAUAUGUUCUGCGCUGGUUAUAGUCCUGAAGACUCAAAGAGAGGAGAUGCUUGUGAAGGAGACAGCGGGGGGCCUUUUGUGAUGAAGAACCCAGAUGACAACCGUUGGUAUCAAGUGGGAAUAGUUUCAUGGGGAGAAGGCUGUGACCGAGAUGGCAAAUACGGAUUUUAUACUCACGUAUUCCGCCUGAAAAAAUGGAUGCGAAAAACCAUUGAAAAACAAGGAUAGAAGAGCUUCCCUUGCUUGUUCUCAGUUCUGCUACAAUAUUCCACUUCUUAAAAACAUACACAUUGAUAAAUCUUGAAGUAGGAGUUAAAUCCCUGCAACUUGACAAAGGAACAUGUUCUUCCUUGAAAAUAAAAAUUCUCAACUAUC